CCAUGAAGCUUCUGAUCUCCAUUUCAGCUUUGCUGGCUGUAGCAGCAGCCAAGCCCCAAGGCUACGACCAUCCAUCCCCAUCAGGUGGCGGCCUCUCUGUUGGUCUCGGAGGGCACGGCGGCGCUGGAGGCUUCGGCGGCGCUGGAGGCUUCGGCGGCGCUGGAGGCUUCGGCGGCGCUGGAGGCUUCGGCGGCGCUGGAGGCUUCGGCGGCGUUGGAGGACAUGGCGGCGCCGCUGGCCAUGGAUGCGGACCUGGAGAGGUUGUCCACGUCGACGGCAGGUGCGUUCAACCCCGUGUAAACCGCCGCGUGUUCGUGUACGACGUGCCCGAGACCCCCAAGGUUUACGGCCCACCCCCACCCAUCCCCGAACCCGUCGUCGAGCACAACAUCGUUCUUAUCCGCACUCCCGACGAAGGCCCCGGUCCCGAGCCCUUGGUCAUCCCCCCACCAACCCGGAAGAACAUUGUGUACGUCCUCAACAAGCAGUCCGAGGAAGAGCAGCGUGUUAUCGAGGUGCCCGCUCCACCACCCACCAGUCCUGAAGUCUAUUUCGUCAACUACGCAGAGGGUGAGAACCCAACUCUCCCCAGCGGCGUUGACCUGCAGAGUGCCCUCGGAUCAGCUUCCCAGGGAGGCGGCCAAUUAAUCGGAGGUCCCGGAGCAGGAUUCGGUGUUGGUUCUGGUGCUGGCUUCGGAGCAGGCGCUGGAGCUGGAUUCGGUGCCGGUGCAGGUGCUGGCUUCGGCGUUGGCACUGGAGCUGGAUUCGGUGCCGGCGCUGGUGCAGGUGCUGGCUUUGGUGUUGGCACUGGAGCUGGCUUCGGUGCCGGUGCUGGUGCAGGCGCUGGCUUCGGCGUUGGUACUGGUGCUGGCUUUGGUGCCGGUGCUGGUGCAGGCGCUGGCUUCGGCGUUGGCACUGGUGCAGGCUUUGGUGCCGGUGCUGGUACAGGCGCUGGCUUCGGUGCGGGCGUCGGGGGAGGUGUGGCUCAUCCCUCAGGUCUGUACUCCACUCCCUAGAAGCAUUUGUACUUGGACGCAUAAAUGAGUACGCGCUGAACAAGGCGAUGUUCAGACCUAUUAUUUAUUCGCUACUUAUAUAAACAAUAUUUAUUUCGAAGAUGUUAAUUUCUCAUUAG